AUGUCAUCACCAAUCUCUAGACGAGGUUCUCGUGGAUCACGUGGCGCCAAACGCAAACAAUGUGGAUCUGAUGGAUCUGGAGAUAAUGAUAUUUAUCUCACAGAGGAAAUUGUUGAGACAGUAAACGAACUGAAGAACAAAGUAAAAUCUUUAGAACAACAAUUUGAAAACAUGAAAAUGGACUACAAAUUGGUUCAGGAUGACAAUGCUAAGAUGAAGAAAAUGCUUGCAGAACUCUCAAAAGCAGAUGAUAACGAAAAACAUCAGAAUGUUCCGAUCAAGCUCUACUCGGAUGUGGUUGGCAACAAAAACAAAAUCAGGACUCCUGAAGCUGCUUCUGCUAGAGUUCAAGUUUCCAUGAGUAUUUCAAGAUCUCUAAAACAACUUGAAAACAAAUCUAUGAUCGCCAUUGUUGAAAAUCUUCCCGACACCAAGAACAAUGACCAGGAUGCGUUGGAUAUAUCUACAAUUGAAAGUAUCUGCAGUGGAGGUAAUAUCAUUGCGCCAACAAAAAUAUUCAGAGUCAAAGUAGCUAAACCCGAAAAUGUCGCAUCACGUCCUCUUAAAAUAUGCUUCUCCAAAUCGGAAGACAGAAAUAUGUUUCUGGCCAAAUUUCGCAAAACGUCAAAGGAACUCGGAUUAAAUGGAUUGGCUGAUAGAACAUUGCGAGCAAGGCGUGAUAUGACAUUCGAUGAACUAACAGUAUUGAGACACUCACGCAAAAUAGCUUAUGAGAAGAACAAGGAAAUUGGGAAGUUCAAGUUCUAUGUUGACGACUUGGAAAUUAAGGAAUUGAAAGUUCCUAAAGAUUUACUGAAUAAGGAUUCCACUGAUGUUCAAAUGGAGGCUACGGUUACAGAAAAUAUGUCCUUGUCUUCCGCACCAUCCUCCUCAGCGUCUACAAAUCAAUGA